AUGGAACGCAACUUUGAGCCUCUCAAGAAUGACCUGUUGCUUCGCGCAGCAUGGGGCCAGACCGUUGAGCGCCCGCCCAUGUGGGUGAUGAGACAAGCCGGCCGUUACCUCCCUGAGUAUCACGAGGCCAAGGGCAACCGGGACUUCUUCGAGUGCUGUCGCGACCCCGAGGUUGCCACGACGAUUACACUGCAGCCUGUCCAGCGCUACGCCGGCCUCAUCGACGCGGCCAUCAUCUUCUCCGACAUCCUCGUGAUCCCCCAGGCCAUGGGCAUGGUGGUCGAGAUGGUUGACAAGAAGGGCCCGCACUUUCCGAGCCCGCUCAAGACCCCCGACGACGAGCAGUACGGCCAGGUUCUCGCCAAGAACGUUGAUGUUGCUGCCGAACUCGACUAUGUGUACAAGGCCGUCACGCUGACGCGCCAGAGGCUCCAGGGACAGGUGCCGCUGAUCGGCUUCUGCGGUGCUCCUUGGACUCUGUUCUGCUACAUGGUCGAGGGUGGUGGCACCAAGCUGUUUGCGCAGGUUAAGACGUGGAUCUACAGAUACCCCGAAGAGUCGAAGAAGCUGCUGGCAAAGAUUGCUGAUAUCUGUGUGGAUCACUUGGCUCUGCAGGUCAAGGCUGGUGCUCAGUUGGUCAUGGUGUUUGAUUCCUGGGCGGGAGAGCUCGGCCCUGCAUCUUACCGUCAGUUCUCGGAGCCCUACCUCAAGCGCAUUGCGGAGAAGCUGCCCGAGAAGCUCAAGGCGCUCGGUCUGGACAAGGUGCCCAUGACCGUGUUCCCCAAGGGCGCGUGGUAUGCGCUCGACUCGGCGUGCGACCUGGGCUACAACGUGGUGGGAAUGGACUGGCUGCACGACCCCAAGGAGGCUGUCAAGAUCCGCGGAGAUCGCAACAUUGUGUUCCAGGGUAACGCCGACCCCGGAGUUCUGUACGGCACCAAGGAGGGCAUCACAACGGCCGUGCAGGAGAUGGUUGACGGGUUCUGGGUUGGAAACAAGGGCUGGAUCGCCAACCUCGGUCAUGGAAUCACCCCUGGCGUGAAUCCCGACAACCUCAAGCACUUCUUUGAGGAGGUUCAUCGUCUGACCAAGAAGAACUGA